AGUUUCAGUUGUACCUGUAACCGCAGCUGAUCAAAACCCAAAAACCAUCAAAAGCGGCCACCCCCCCUGUAUUUUCUCUCCCACCGUUUCUCUCCGUCUCUAAAACCCUCGUCUCCGAUUCCCCAUCUCUUCAUCCCAACACUGACGAAUGGCGACUCCUCUCACGGCUUUCCGACCCGUUUCGAUCCGAGCCGAUGCCUCCGCCUCCCACAAACCCGACCCGAAUCGCCGCAACAAGCCCGCUAACUCCAACUGGUGGGCCCCGCUCUUCGGCAUGUCGUCCGACCCGGACUACAUCACGGGCGGCCCCCCGCCGCAGAAUCUCAGUACGGCUCCGGAUUCCGGGCGUGACCCGAACCGGCCCGGGUCCAGAUUCGCGCUGGGUUGCUUCACGGAAGAGAAGGCAAGGCAGCUCCGGAAGAAGACGCUGGAGACCUCCGCAUUCCACGAUAUCAUGUACCACUCCGCCAUUGCGUCUCGGCUCGCCUCUGAUUUGUCGGACCAGUAGUUUCUGUGGCCGGAGCGCCGGUGGCUUUCUCGCCGUCGGUUAGCGAGAUUGUGCAAUUUGUGGAAAUGAAAAUCACAGAAAAUAAUUAAUUUUGUGAUUUUGGUGUUGUAAUUUUCUUUUAAUAUUUUUGUGGUUUGGAAAUAAAUUGCAGAUUAGUCUAUUUAUUAAGCUGUGUUUUGUUUUUCUGCCUGCAAUAUUUUUUUCGUCCCUGUAAUGGUAAUGGGGUCAACUUGGCCUAAAUUCUACCAUUUUUAGAAUUUAGGCUGAAAGGGCUCCUUGUGUCACAGACAGUGGGUUUGUGGCAGAUCAGAUCCGAUGGGAUCUCGACGCAUAUCACCCGUUGUGUGGCUGGAUUUCGCACCCUUUCUGGUUGGUUCUGCGGUUGGAUCCGCUGUUUUGAUCUUGCCACAAGGCAAUAUCGUGAACGGGAAUCAAAGUGCGCGGCGGAGGGAGUCGUCCUGGGUCGGGUUUUGAGGUUGUCGCGGUGAGUUUGCCGCGACGGUGCUGGGUCUGCAAUAGUGUCUCGUCGGUGACCGGAAACCAGGGGAAGCGGAGGCGCGGCGGGCUUGGCGGCGCGAUGGUGGUGGCCCGUGGCUGGGGUAUCAAUCUGGGUCCAAGAUGGUUUAAUUAUCAUGUUGAAAUUACUAAUAAUUAGUAGUUUUCCUGUUUGUAGUUGGGCUAAUAAGUUGCUACCACUUUUUGGUGGGAUGAUAUGUGCUCCCAUCUAUGCACCUUGUGUGUCUUGUCUACUUCAUAUAAGUGGCGAGUUUUUUCGCUUUACCAAAUGUUCUCAAACUCUAACUUGUCUGCUCUAGAUAAGUGGUGAGUUCUUUGGUUAGUCAAAUGGUCGCCGCCUCUUAGUGGCAGUGUGAAACUAAGUGUCACUGUAUUUAUUUUUCGAUGACAAUAUAGUGGGAAAACUAUAUAAAUGA